UCUUGGAUAUAAUUUUUUUUUUAUAAUUCAAUAUUUUCUUAUGGUUUUAAAUUAACAAAUAUUCAUAUUUUUGUGGCUAUAAAUAAAGAAAUUUCACAAUCACAAGAUCAGUAAAAGAAAACAAACAAGUGAUACGCCGGGAGUUGUGAGAGCAACAACAGCAAAUUCCAGUCGGCUGUAGAUUUAUCUCGGCUUGAUACGCCGUCGUUUAGCCGGCCGGCCGUCCGUCUCUGUUUGUGGGUGUCUUCUCUCUCUCGAUAUACUCACAUAGCUCAGCUAUGUACAACUGAACAAGCACAGAGUGCAGUGAUGAGCGCGUGAGAAAAUAAUGGGCGUUACAUGCGGCGGCGACCUCCGCAACACAUGGGAUCGUGCCACCGACCGCUGCUCCCGCUUUUUCCCCUGCCUUUCUGAUCCGGCUCGAAGAUCUGUUUUAUCACUGAGAGCCGCGCUGGUGGCGCUGCAUCUGGUUUUUGCUGGGGUUUUAUGUUUGCUUGAUAGCGAUUUGAUUGAUAAGACCAAACAGGAGCCAUGCUUUGUAAUCGAUGCACAAAAGGAUGUUGACGAACGAGAUGCUUCUGCUAGAAGAUCAUUAUUGGCCUCAAAACAACCAGCUUCAAGCAAAAGUGGCAGUGUUGUGAUCACUGUGGAUGGGAGGAACUAUCAAAGAGGGAAUGCAACUGCUUGGACAAAGCUAGUAAUGGAUUUAUACCCUCCUGGGACAUCUACUAGAAAUUUGACAUGCCCUUACUGCAAUGUCCUUCAGGGUAAUCAUUGUCGAUUUUGGUGGUACAUAUUUGAGGAAUCAGCCUUGUGUCUUUGGACAAGCAUUUUGUACAUUGGGUACCUUAAGUCAAAUAUAUCAAAGGCAUGGUAUGUAUAUAAGCUGUGGGCAGAUGUAAUAAUGAUCUUGCUUCUUGCUUCUUUGUCCAUAUCUCUAAUCUUUCUGCUACUGCUGCUCCUGUUCCAUAGCUACCUUGUUAUGACUAAUCAAACCACAUAUGAGCUUGUUAGGCGGAGGCGGAUUGUUUAUAUGAGGAGCAUUCCCGAAAGAGUGUACCCAUUCAGUAAAGGAGUAUGCAGGAAUUUGUACGUGUUCUGUUUUGCCAGAAGCAGCAUCCAUAGAAUGGAACCACUACCAUCAACUCAUGAGCUCGAGCAAAUGUCGAGGCCUUACACUUGCUCAGACGUGUUAUGUUGUCGAUGCUGCUGAUGUUUGCUGGGCCUCUGUAACUUUUGAUCAGACAAUUGCUUUUUUAAUUUUUUUUUUUCUUUCAAACUGGUCAUCCAAAGGAAUGUAUUUUCUUCUGCUGCUGUAUGAGAUUAUUUAAAAAAUAUUGCAGUAGUGUUGUAAAAUCUGGUCUCAGCAUUGCUUAAUACUUUUUCAGCUGUGGAUUGUAAAAUACGUGUUCCCAAUACAAUUUCUUGUUUAUCAUUUUA